CGUGGGGCUGAGUUUUCCACAACUUAUUCGCUAAAUUAGAGAAGCUACCUCUCUGUGUCUAGUCUGUGAAUUAUCCUCUCCUCUUCCUGCGUGUACUCAGUGCUACAGAAAUGCCUCCUAAGAAACAAGCGACCCAGCAAGGUCCCAACAAAAAGACGGUCGAGAAAAAAAGAGAAAAAGUCAUUGAGGACAAGACGUUUGGUAUCAAGAACAAGAAAGGCAAGAAACAACAAGUGUUCAUCAAGCAGGUGACCAACCAGGUCAAGUUCGGAGGCUCUAGUCAACAGAAGAGAGAGGCUGAUGAGUUCCAGGCUAAGAAAGACAAAUUGGAAAAGCUGAAAGAAAGAUCUGAAUUUGACUCGUUGUUCCGACCAGUACAGCAGAAGAUCUCUCUUGGAGCUGAUCCCAAAUCAGUACUGUGCUUGUUCUUCAAACAAGGUCAAUGUACCAAGGGAGACAAGUGUAAGUUCUCUCAUGACCUGAGCCUCGAGGGAAAGGUGGAGAAGAGGUCCAUGUACGUGGACUCAAGGGACGAUGAGCUGGAGGAAGACACUAUUGACAAGUGGGACGAGCACAAGUUGAAAGAAGUAGUGGAAAAAAAACAAUCCACCAAAAUAAAACAAAAAACAGACAUUGUUUGCCGGCAUUUUCUUCAAGCUAUUGAGAAGGCUGUGUAUGGCUGGUUCUGGGAGUGCCCUAAUGGAGAGCGCUGCAUAUACCGCCACGCUCUACCCCAGGGGUUCGUGUUCAAGAAAGCCCUCAAGGAGCAAGAAGAACUGCAGGCACAGGAUUCCAUUACUCUAGAAGAACUGGUCGAGAAUGAGAGAGACCAACUGGCUGGCUCUGGUAAGAACCUCACCAGGGUUACCUUGGAAACAUUUCUAGAAUGGAAGAAAACUAAGAUUGACGAAAAGAAGCAAAAACGGUUCAAAGAAGAAGAUUCUCGUAAAGAGGCGUUCAAGGCGGGUCGUACUCACGGUAUUAGUGGUAGGGAGAUGUUCACCUUUAACCCCAACAUGGUGGAGGAUGAUGACGAGGACGACGGUGGGGGUGUGAUAACCCUGGAAACCCGAGACUCGGACGAGGAGGAGGGUGGUUAUGUGGGAGGUGGUGUUGACCUCUCUGACCUGGAGGCUGUGUCCAAGUUAGCCACGCCCACACCCAUUAAUAGUGGAGAUGUGAGAUCACAGGGACAAGCGACCAAUCAAACAGAACCGGCUGGGACUAGCACUACUAAGGUUUCCUCUACGGACCAACCAUCGUCUUCAACAGAGCCUAACAAAGACGUGCCAAUCGACGAAUCACUAUUUGAUGUUGGAGAUUUACCAGUGGAUGAGAAUGAAGACGUUACGGUGGACGAAUCGUUGUUUGAUAUUGACAACUUACAAGAUCUUGAUUUGGAUGACCCUGAUAUUUUGUUGCCAGCUUCUUCAUCAUAGCAUAAUUAUAAUUAUUGGCGAACAUGCACAAAAACUGCUCUGCUAUUAUAGGGAUUAUUAUUAUAGGGAUUAAUUUUGUUGAAUGAAAAUAUUACGUGUGUGUAUAUUUAUGGCUUUGUGGUUGGAGAUACAUCAUUAUUUUUUAUAAUGGUGCAGGCAAUAAUAAUAAUAUUCUC